AUGGCUCGCCGCCUCCUCGCCGGCCACUUCCUCUCGCACCUCCGCCUCCACGCGCAAUUCCCCGUGCCUCCUCCCUUGCGGGCUCCGGCCAUUACGCGCUGCGGCGGCCUGCCAUCGCCUCCGAUUCGGGCGCCUCAAGCUAGUUCACAAUAUAAAUUGGAGAAGGAAAUUAAGAAAAUGAAGAGGCAAGCCAAGGAAAAUGCAAAUCUCAUUGAUGCUGAUGACAGUGACGAGUUAAGAAGUAUAUGCCCUGAGGAUGAUAUGACACUCUGGAGUGGCAGUGAAGAUGACGAUGACGAUGAUGUUCCUACUGAGGCACAUCCCAAUGAACGCAGUGAUUCAUAUAUUGAUAAGGUGUUUGAAUUUGACGAGACACCAAAAUAUCGCACAAUCUCAGAGCUGUUGAAUGCUGAGGAGCCACCAGAGCAAUCUCCAGGAAAGCAAGCAAGAAAACUUGCCGUAGAAAAUGCUCUUAAGAAGUUGAAAAAAGAACCUGAUGGACGCAACAUCAAUGUAUUUGACGUUGUCACUGAUAUAGAUAUCCCGAUUGGUGCAUUUGAGAACGUUAUUUCAGGACCAGAAUAUUCAGAGCUGGCGGAGGGCGGACCAAAAAAGCUCAAUAUACAGUUCUUUAAGAAUAUACAAGCACGCAUGAGGGACCCAAAUUUCAAAUUUUCUCCAGAGUUGAAGUUAAAGCCAAAGAGUAAGUUAGUGUCUAGGAAAAAGUGGCAGAAAGCACAAGCAAGGAAGAGGAAAAAUGAUACCUCUCCUCAGAGGUCAGACGGGAUGUAAGUUUAUCUGUAGUGUUUUUCACAAUGAAUAUGCUCAGUGUGACGGCAUAAGCACUUUAAGAAAAAGCAUCUAUGUUCAUAUCAUUCCCAUGUCUGUUCUGUUUGGCAAUUAAAUGAAGCU